ACUCAGAGCAACGUGCAGAUAGAUGUAGACAAAUAUUUUAUCGAAAAAAAUUUCCAAUGCAAAGCAAAAACGUGAAAAAUCUCUAAAUUUUAAUAAUUAUCAAAAAGAAAAAUUUGAUAAAUCUAUAAAAAAGUGUUUAAUAUUAAAAGGAAAUUAUUGAAAAUUCAAAUAAAAUGUGUGGUGGCUUUAAAAUGAAAUCAAAAUCAAAGCAAUAAAUGAAAUUUGUAAUGUUUGUGUAUACAUGGCCAGGGGGUGGUGCGGGUGUUAAUAAGGAAAAUUUGAUACUGUUAAAAUUCCUUUGGAUCAAUUGUUGUAUACAUAGCAAAGCAAAGCAUAUGAAUAUAUAUACGAACAAGCAUAUUUAAAGGCGACUGAAUUUGUAUACAUCGACUACAACAGCAAACACACUCUCUCGAACAUACAUACAUACAUAACUACACUAAGUAUGUUGGUGUGUUUUGUGGUGUUGAUGGUGGUGCUGUGAGAAGAAAGUCCUGCAGAAAAUAGUCUUAGUUGUCUUCCUUUAAGCAAAAAUGUUUUACCUUCCGUUCUAAAGAUAAAGUCAAGUGUGGUAGGGUAGUUUUCCCACGGGCCAAACGGAAACGUAACCAACAACUACUACAUACAAAUACAUAAAUAAAGUGCAAAUCACAUAAAUACACACACUCAAUAACAACUAUCUACCUAUGCAACGACAACAACAACUAUCAACUAUUAAGUGAGUGAGUGAGUCAGUUAAGGAGUUAGAAACCUAUAUUGGUUCUAUACUAAACUCCAGACUAGUGAAUGUUUCCCUGCAGGCGUAUGUGUGUUAGACAGUGCAAGUGAACAAUUGUCGUGUGUAUGUGUGUUUUUUGAAAAUCAAACAAAAAAAUCGGGAUAAUACGAAAAAUCUACUUCAAUUCCAUAGUUUUGCAUGCAGCAAGUGCAGUAUGUCGAUAAAACAUCAAAUAUACAAAAGUCUCGCUUAAGUUUUUUUCUUUUCUUUCUUUCGCGUUUAUGAAUCACUUCAAUGCUAAAGUAAGCGUGAUAAUGUAGUGGAAUAAAAUCUACUCCAAGACUCACAUCUACACAGGCUGUCGGUUUUUUUAUGCUUAUGUAGGUGUGUGUUAGUGCGUUACGGAAAUGUGUCCUUAUUGUAUAUUGUUAACAAAUAAUCAUAAAAAUAAAUAAUAAAGAAAAAUAAAAUUAUAAAGAAAUAAAUAAUAACAAAAUAAAAAAAGAAGAAAGUCAUUUGUCUGAUCAAAUAAAGUUUUAAUCAAAUAAAGUUUUAAGAAUUUUGUGCUCUUUAUAAAAAAAAAACACCUACAACAACGAAUCUAAAACACAGUGAAUAAUAAAACAGUCUCACAAACCGCAAUAAAAUGUUUGCCAAUUAAAUCACAUUUCUAUUAAUUCUUUUAAAACAAAAUAGAAAAAUAUAAAGCCUCAAAGUAGGCAAAAAACUUUAUGCAUUCAUCAUUUGCAUCUGCAGCAACAGCUAAGCGGUACUUAACCUAAAAAAUAAAAAUUCAUCAUCAUCACAUCAUCCUCACAACAACAGCAUGCCACAACAGCAACAAUAACUACCAAUGUUUAGAAAACCAAAUGCUUCCCCAGAGUUAAUUGAACUUUUUCAUGUUCAUCUUCCUUAAUUUCUAACUUAGACUAGGGGAAUACUAAAAUCAUACAAUUUUAAUAUUCCCAACAAUAAAAUCACACAACAACCACAACAACAACAUAAACAAGAAUGAAUAAGAAAAUAUGAAUAAUUUAUAGUUCCUGCUGCUAAGAAUUCGCAAAUGUCAAUAUUUAAAAGUUAACUAACAAUUAGAUAGAAAAUAUCCCCCCUUUAUUCUCAAAAAUAAAAAAAAAAAAAACGAAAAAGAAAAUUUUAACAAAAUUUAAUUUAAAACAAAAUGGAGCGCAUGUGGCGUAAAGUGAAUCAUAGUUUUGGUGGCAGCCGUACGGCCAAAACCCAUGCACAUGCUACAGAUACUACCAGCUCGGCGGGUGGCUUUGGUGAUGGCCAGGUGGUGGUGGCAGUGGCUGGUUCUAGUUCUGCUACUGGUAGACGUUUGGCGACAAGUGGUCAAAUUCCGGCACCAGCCGCUAUGGCGGUGCCAGCUAAUACCACCAAUCAGAGUAUAGGGCAAGUAGCUUCGGAUCCUUUGGCGGUAACUGCGACUGGUCAGUUCCGCAAAUCUUUGAGUCAACAUGUAUUGCAGCCUCGCACCGCCUCAUCGGAGAGGCGUAGACGCAGACGUCGUAAAUCGCGACCUCGUCGCAGUGGUGUUAGUUGUGUGGGCGGUGGUGGAGAUAAUAUGUCAUCUUCCGGUGGUUUUUAUACAAUUAAAGAGUCCAACGAACCCAAUCAUCGUUAUCAUCGUUCCACACGUAUGAUGGCCAGUUCAGCACCUAGUGGUACUGUCCUAAUGUAUCCUAAUCCCAGUACAGGACGUGAACUAACCAAUACUUUAGGUAUGGGGACAACAACUUCAACAACAGCAGUAGCAGCAGGAGCAGGACAAGCAUCCACAGCCGCUGGCAAUUUGGCAGCAACACAAACAACGUCUGUAACAGUGGCGGCAGCACCGGAUAUUUCUCUACGACAACGUGCUGUCGCCAAAUUGCGUAUGUUUAACUUUCAUUUGAACUGGGAUCUACAGAUGACUCAUUGCAAACCAUGUGGAAGCGGCAGUGGUGGCAAUAUAAUCACAAGACGUCUAUGUCGGAAUCGUCGUCGUGAUGACAAUGAGCUUUAUCGUUCCAACAGUUUUAAAUUUGAACGUUUCGAACGUAAAGAAUAUUUGGAAGAGCUGGCGGAUACUUUGCAGAAACAGAUUGCCAUCUGUGAUGAUUAUAGUCUGCCUGUGGACUUUGUUAAGAAACGACCGUCCAGUUUUGAUCCCUGUUUAGCAGAAGCAUUACCCACAAAUCCCGAAAAUUGGGCAACUGCAGCUGCUGCUAGUCCACAACAGGAAUUUGCAACAUUUGCUGAACAUCAACAGCAGCAGGCUGAAUCACAGGCACCACCACCUCCGGCCCCUUUAUCGACUUUACCCUCCAGAGUAAAUGCAAAUCUAAAUGCUUUAGCCCAGGAAACAGCAGUCCAUAAUAGUACUUUACCCACACAAUCGGUUGGUGCUCUGCAACAACAACAACUCCAACCAUCACAAACCCUUCAGCAGCCAUCACAGAGUCAACAUCAACAACAACAUCAGCAGCAUCAACAUCAUCAUUCGCAAAAGUCACAUGGCACACGUAGCCAGACGCAUCAACGUUUACCACAUCCGACAAGUGCUGUAAUAUCGACAGCCACUGUUGCCUCUCUGCCACCACCUUUACACAUACAAAGUCAAAUUUCUAACAUUAAACAAGCAUCAGUCAAACUUAUUGAAGGCUAUUCUGAUCCCAAAGAUACUAAACGUCAUAAAAAAGUCUAUCACAAGAAGGCCAAGAGACGAGCUCAUAAAAAUCGCCACCAACAGCAGCAGCAUCAACAGCAACCGUCAGAAAAACAACAACAGAAUAAUCAGCAACAAUCCAAUAAUUCGCAUACGUUAACAACAGCUGCUCAAACCAAAGAGAAGGAUAAACGCAGCAAUUACAAUUCAGAUUCAUCUGCUCCAAAAUCCUCGGACGACGAAGAAGACAAUCAAUCAGUUAAAGUUCCUGAUCUGAAUUCUCCAGAUAGCAUUUCCGAUGAUUUGGUAAGGCCUUUGCCACCCCAAACUCAUAGGAGUCCACGCAAGUUAACAGCUUCACAAUCAGAGCACAGCAAACGUAAUCCGUCUCCUUACUACUAUUCGGAUUUACUUAAACCCAAAGAUCCCUCGGCAUCAGUAGGUGCCAACGAUAAGGAAGCUAAACAAAAGAGUCGUCAAUCAACUGUAUCGGAACCUCCUCAAUCCACUCAAACUCUACCACAAGCUAGUGGUCCUUAUCGCAAAAGUACUAGUCUUGACGUUCCCGAACGUUCGGAGGAACGAGACGAGCAAGACGACGAUUUUGAUGAAACAGAGCCAACCAAUAGUACGGUCCUCCCGGGUCCCCUAGACACACCCAAACGUUAUUCCUUUACUGAAGAAGGUGUUCAUAUAAUACGUUGUGAUUCACCUUCCACCACUACUUCAGAGGAGUCCGAUUGCAGUGAGUGCCUCAAACGUCGCGAAUGGCAUGCACGUGCUUUAGCUCUGGUAAGAAAAACCUGUAACGUUCAGCCCUUAAUACCGGCUGCCGCAACCGAUUACGGUAAUAUUUGUCAAGAGGGUUCCGUGGAAUUGAAUUGUGGCAAUCUUCCCGAAGAAUCUCCGUCAAUGCCACCACAUAGACUGCUAGGACCUGCAGUUUGUGCCUGUGUUGCCCCCGCUCUUGGUGAUGACUUAGAUGAAUAUUUUCGUCCUCGUAGCAUUUUCUACGUGCACCCACAUGGAGUUCAUGAAUGUGUUGACUGUGCUCCCGAUACAAAAAAUCUAAAUACAAAUACUAGUUCUCACAGUGCUUUGGAUUCAAAUAGUCUUGCCCAGUCCGAUAACGCUCUCGACGAAAUAUCUGUGGUUGCCGACGAAGACGACGAAAUGUCGGGACGUACACGUCAGUUGUAUGAGACGGCAUUCGAUUGCAAAAUUGCCAAAUCAGAUGAUGAUUUAGAUGAGGUGGAUCGCAUAACAAAUCACUCAGUAUUGCUGCAGCUUAACAAUGGCAAUUUGCCACCGCCCAAGGCGGAAUCACGUAACUCCAAGUCAUCAAAAAGUCGUUUAGAGGGUAAGCGUUUGAAGAAUUCAAAGAAUCAGGCCAUACAAGAACAAGGUAGCAAUUCAGGUGGUAAUAAUAGUGGCAGUGGUUCCCCUUUGACGGUGGGUGCAGUGAACCGUACUGUGGAAGCAGUGCCAAGUAUUGUAUCAGGACUAUCGACAGAGUUGAGCAACGUUCAUAUUAGAGAGCAAGAUGUGGAUCAACAGAACAAUCCAACAACGUCCAGUUCACAACUACCUAUGCGUGGUUAUACGCCUUCACCGCCAUCUACAGCCCCGUUGCCUAUGAAGUUUCCCGGUAAACAUGAACGAUUUUUUAUGAACAGCAUACGAAGUGCACCCAACCUGCCAUCAUCGAAUCCGGCCCAUCCGCGUUUACGCGAUCUCCGUCUUCCACUACAAUCCAAUUUGAGACAACAACAACAAACGGGAUCCUCACUGGCCACCAGCAAUGAAAACAGUCUAACCGACAGCGCUUACGUGAAUCCACCAUCUUCCAGUAUACACCAUAAUCAUAACAGUCACCAUCACCAUCAUUUGUCAUCUCAUCAAGGCACGAACAAUGUAACCGGUGGCUCUAGAUCCCGCAGCCGACCACGAUCGUUUGUUCUUGAGUCGGGGCGGGUACUGGAGCUGCGAAAAAGCCACGCCUCUCACCACCACCACCAUGUUGGUAAUGGCAGUCGAAGGCCUCACAAUUAUUCCUCGACCGAGAGCAUAGCAACAUCGAGUAGUGGUGGCAGCAUGGAAUCGCUACGCUCGAGCACUAGCGAAGGAAAUCGCAGUACGUCCAGUUCAGAGUCAAGGCACUCGACGUCGUUGAGUUCACAUAGCUCUGAAUCUGGUAGCUCGAGUGUUGCUUUUCCCCUUAGAGCACCAGUGGUCAUACAUUCCAAAUUGCAUAUCCUUAGUCCCAUAUCAGACAAGUCCUCCCAAGAACCGGCCUCCGAGUUGUCUGAGCAAAAUAAAACUCAAAACGCUUCACCCGAAGAUGGCGCAGCCAUACAAACGAAUACAAAUAAUCAACAGCUGCUGCAGCAGCAACAACAACAGCUCCAGCUGCGCUCAGGCGAUACAGAAAAUGUACGACCCUCUCCCCAGCUACAAAUAGAUGCCUUGAAGAAACGAAGACCACCGGCAAAUAAAACCCUAAUGCAGCUGACAGAUGAGAUACUCGGAUCGGACAGUGGCAUUUCAUUGCACUCCAGAGAAGAUGGCAAGCCAUUGAUGGGCUUGCAAAAGUUUACGCUGCCAAAGUUAAAUUUCCCGCCAAAUGACAAGGGAAAUAAUCAUAGUGAUAUUAGUGCGGUAGGAGCCAUGAGUAAUAGUGUGGGCUUGCCGCAAGAUUUAAGAGAUCUUCCGUUUGAUAUGCCAAAAUUGAGACGAAGAAAAACUUUACAACAGGAUGCUUGUACUUCGGGUAGUGCCACUUCAGUAGAUUUGGGUGAUCUUCCUUUCGAUAUGCCCAAACUGAGAAGACGUUUGCGAGCCAACCAAGCAGAAAUCAAUAAUCUUAUGAUGCAUAGCACAGAAUCUAGUGGUAUCUCACAAGCCUCAUCUAGUCAUUCUAUGAGGGAUGACAAUAAAACCGCUAUGAAACUGGACUCUGCAAUAUUCCGUCAAAAUCUCACCUUGAAUCUCAAUGAACCACGACAGGCGAACAAUAAGUUUGGCAGUUUGGAUUUACGUGGUCUUACCAAUAACAAAGAACUCAAUUUGAAUUUGAAUGCAACAGCCUUUGCCACUGCAGUCGAUCUGAUUGAUGUCUCAAUACCAUUGGAGAGACAAGGAUGGUAUCAUGGUUCAAUUACACGUAUUGAGGCUGAAACUACUCUAAGACCCUUAAGUGAAGGCAGCUUUUUAGUACGCAAUUGUGAGUCCACCAAACAGGACUAUUCAUUAUCCUUAAAGGGAGCAAAAGGCUUUAUGCACAUGCGUAUACAACGCAAUGAAUGCGGUCAAUAUAUAUUGGGUCAAUUUAGUCGUCCAUUCGAAACGGUGCCCGAUAUGAUAAGACACUUUUGUCUCAAUCGUCUACCGGUUAGAGGAGCCGAACACAUGUGCUUAAUAGAGCCCGUUAUUGCCCAAUUACUUUAAAAAAGUACUCUAUCUCUCCCUACGCAACACAUACUACUCAAGCAAGCAUUCUAACAUUGAAUUAAAUAUAAAUUAAAUAUGAUAAUGAAAACAUACAUACAUAUAUCUUCCAGUUAUCGUAGAACUAUAUACUUUUACAUACAUAAAUAUAAAUACAACAAUAAAAACAACUAACGCACUCACUCUCUCUCUCUCAUACUUAAUGUUAGAAACACUGAAAAAAAAAGCAUCUCAAAGAAAAUUCAAAUUAAACAAAAUUAUUUUUUAUUAUUAUGUUUAACUAUUAGACAAUAUAAUUUAUAAAUUUAAAGCGUAAAACAAUAAAUUAAUUUCUAAAUUUUUAAUUUGGUUUUAAUUUUAUUAUUAACAAGCAAAUGGUCAAAUUCUUUAAUAAAUUCAUUAUUCAAAAUGAAUUUAUUUAAAGUUUUAUUUUGCUUCCGUUAACAAACUAUUUAUUUAAAAAGCAACUAAGUAGUUUAAAAAGGAUUUCUUUGUAGAAUUUGCUUUAUACUCGUAAUAAACUAAAUAAAUGAUCAAUACUUCAGCUCGUUAGUAAUUUCGUAAUUCUGGAAAAAAAGUGUAACGAUAACAAAAUAAUACGAAAAAAAUACUUUGUUGAUUAAUUUUAUGUAAACCGCUUAAAAUACUAAAAGAAAAUUCUUUAAAAAAAAGCCUCUCAAAGAGCAAAAACUAUAAGCCAUACAUACAUAUACAUUGUUUUUAAACUAAUACUCACAUAACCCCACAUAUACACAACUAGCUGUAUGUGUCUAAUGGUGGUGUAUGUGUAUUGUAAUACUUUACUUUAUUCUUUAAGUGCAAUAUAUAUAUUGUUUAGUUUUUUUUUUAUAAUUCUGUUCUGAUUCUCAUUUAGUUUAUAGUUAUGUGUGCCAAACAAUAAUUUAAGUUUAAUUAGUUGGUUCUCUUUUUCCCCUUAGUUUUGCCAAUAACUAAUGUUUAUUUUUUUACUAAUUCAGUUUAAAAGUGCAAUAUUUCUUUUUUGUUGUUAUAGAUUAUUUUUUCUACUUUUUUAGUUCAAAUAUUUAGUACUUGUUUUAAAUUUAAAAUUUAUAUUAACAUAAAGAAAACAUUAUACAAGUAUAUAAAUUAUAUACAUUUCCAUAUUUAUAGAAUGAAAUAAAUUAAAAAAAAACAACAACAAGAAAUAACAACAAACAUAUUAUAAAAACAACAAGAAAAAUAACAAUAUAAUAUACAUACUUAUACAUACAAAAUAAACAUAUUAAAACGAUUAAUUAUUAUGAAUAAAAAGAAUAACUUUAAUAAUACAUAU